AUGCACACACGAGCAAGGAGCCGCGGCCAGUGUGCUCGCGCCCGUGUUAGCUCAUAAGUCUGCCGUCGAUUGCAUCGUUCGCUUGUCGAACGUCCGCGCCUGUCGUGCCUAGCAUAACAAACACUUGCUAAGCACAUAAAACAACUCCAUAAGUGGAUGCUACGUGCAAACGUGUGGUAAUGGUGAUGUGUCCAAAUGCUCUUGAAGAUACCUCAGUGUUCAUAGUGCUUAAUUAUCAACACGACGACUGUUGAGUGAUAUUAUUGUGAUGCCGGGACAUGCAGGGAGUCCCUAUUGGGCCGCUGUCGAUUUUGAUAGCGAAGGUGAUGAAGAACAGACACCGCCGCCAAAUCAGCGUAUCUACUUGGAUCCUUGGGACAACGAAGCUUACGGGAUGCUACAGACAGAUACAGCAGAUUCCAGUCAAGGAGAAAAUUUAAAUUCGUUUGUUGGUGAACCUGUCAGCGCCAGUUUUUAUUAUGUUCCGACUAAAAAUUAUGAUUCGAAUGAAGAAGCUCCUAUUCCGCCGAGAAGAAACAUAACUCCUCCAGAGGAAAUUAUAGCCCCGGACUAUCCUGUCUACGGAAGAAAGUUAUCCAGAGCAAUUAUUACAGAUAUGCACAACGAUAUGGCUAUUUAUGGAGAUCGCCCUAUGCGUGAACGUAGAAGAUCCAUGUACAUCGACGAGCCAGUGUACGCAGCUCAUCCAGUUUUGUAUGAACAUCUCUACGGUCCCAUACCGCCUCCGCCGGGCUACAUGCCUCCGCCGCCAAGGUCCCGUAUGUCUUUACCACACCACCCAGAAUAUAUGAUGGCGAAUCUCGCAUACGGCAAGCACAGAAGACAUUCCAGGUUGACUGACGCGUACGAACAUUUUGCGUACGAGAGCUUGUCGCCCGAUUACGAGGACUGGGCCAGGCCUUUUCCGAAGACUGCUCCCGACAAUUUCCAUCUCUCCAGAUACGGACAUCUCCAAAUUGACUACUCGUGCAGUUGGAAUUCGCUCGAUAGACUCAUCAGAAACCAUUGAUUUUAUUAUCUAUUUUUAUUGUAUUCAUUGCUCAUAUUAUCAAGUCUUGAUACUUGCAUGCUAAAACAUUAUUUUUCGUUUCAUUGCUCAGAUAUUUUCUCGUUAUUUUGUUAUUUUUAUUCACAUUAAGUACAGAAUUAGGUAACUGUAGGUAUAAUAAUAUGAUAAUUUAUAAUUAAUAAGCACGCAAAUGGUGCUUGAAUGUUAAUUGCAAAAAUGUUUAGCCAAAGACGAAUAAAGGUUGUUUUUAUAUUUUUA